UUAGCUGCGCCACACAGGGGUCAUGACAAAAUGUGUGUCCCCGAUUGACUAACAUUAUUUCCGCCCUGCCCCCGGUGAAGCUCUGAACAUCUUUGCCUAUAGAGCAGCAUUUAAAUGGACCGUGAAACGAGUGUGAGCUGGUUGCUGUGACCUGCCUGCUGUCCGCCUGUCGCUCCUCGCUGUCUGAACCGAAGCAGAGAAUGGAUGGAAACUUUUCACCGGCUCUUGUCUCCUCUAUACUCCUGUUAUCCGCCGUGUUGACAUCCUCGACAGCUUUUCUGGAGCCUUAUGACCUGUUAUAUGACAACGCAGUGCAGGCAUUUUACAACAGCGACUAUGAAAAUGUGGUGCGCUACAUGGAGGGAGCGCUCAGCAGCCACAGCGAAGUCCGGCGCACCAAAGUCCGGUGCCGGCUGAGGUGCCAGGACCACCAUCAGUUUGAGGAGACAUUCACGGACCUGCGCUUCUUCGACGUGGUUCUGCGGAGAGCGGCAUGCAUGAACAAAUGUAUCGAGGAGAAAGUCGGCACACAGUCUGUGCACCGAGUCAGCGAGGAUGUACUUCAGGACUUUAACAGGAGGAUCCCAUACAAUUAUCUGCAGCUGGCUUAUCUGAAGUUGAAGCAGCCUGACAAGGCAGCAGCGGCAGCUCACACAUAUUUCCAGGCCAAUCCAGAACAUGUGGAGAUGAGUGAGGACCUGGAGCAGUACAAAGACCUGCAGGAUGUCAAGGAAGACCACUUUGUGGACCGGGAAGCCCGGCCUCACCAGCGCUCUUUCACAGCAGCAGUGAAGUUAUACGACCGUGGUGAUUACGAAGGAGCCAUCGCUCUGUUUGAGGAAGCUCUGGAGGAGUACUAUAGGGCAGAUGUGGAGUGUCGAGCCUUGUGCCAGGGACCACAGAGAUUUGAGGGUCACGAUCAUGUCCUCUACCGUUACAGCCUCCAUGAACUCAUAUCAGACCACUUCACUCAGGUGCUGCACUGUGAACACGAGUGUAUCAGAGACCUUGCUACUCGGCCAGGCCGCCUCUCACCCAUGGAGAACUACCUGCCUCUGCACUACGACUACCUUCAGUAUGCCUAUUUCAAAGUGGACAGGCUGGAGGAGGCACUUGACUGUGCUCUAACCUACCUUUUAUUCCACAAGGGAGAGGAGUUCAUGAUGGACAAUGUUGAUUACUACAGAGAGGUGCUGGGACGAUGGGAUGCCGGUGAGCCGCGAGAGAAAGCUGCGUGGUACCUGAGGAGGCACCAACAGGAACUGGAGCUCCUUCUCAUAGGCAGCAAAAUCAUGGGUGUGGAGUUCACUGAAGGGAAUUACUGGAGCAGCACAGGUGGAAGAGAUGACUCAAAUAGGAUCCCCUCUGGCACAGAUGGCUGGAUGGAGUAUGUUCCCAUCUCUGAGAAGAAAAACGCCACUGUCACUGCCCCACAGCAGCUCAGAGAAGGUGGGCCCUUGGUGUACGAUGGUGUGCAGCUGGUGCAGAACUCGGCGGCCUUGAACGGGACCCAGAGGGUGCUGCUAGAUGAUGUCAUAUCUGAGGAUGAGUGUGCGGAGCUCAGGCACCUGGCACAUGCUGUCACCAUGGCAGGAGACGGUUACAGAGGCAGGAUGUCUCCACACACUCCAAAUGAGAAGUUUGAAGGAGCCACUGUGCUCAAAACUCUGCAGUAUGGAUACGAGGGCAGAGUCCCGUUGAGGAGCGCUCGCCUGUUCUACGAUACGAGUGAGCGAGCGAGACGAAUAAUCGAGUCUUACUUCAUGCUGAACUCCACUCUGCACUUCUCCUACACUCACCUGGUGUGCCGGACAGCCAUCACAGGCCAGCAAGAUCACAGGAAUGACCUGAGCCAUCCCAUCCACGCUGACAACUGUCUACUGGACCCCGAUGCUAAUGAGUGUUGGAAGGAACCACCCGCGUACACGUACAGAGACUACAGUGCACUAUUAUAUCUGAAUGGAGAUUUUGAAGGAGGAGAGUUCAUAUUUACAGAAAUGGAUGCCAAAACAGUCACGGCAUCAGUGAAACCCAAGUGUGGCAGGAUGGUGGGCUUCUCAUCAGGAGGGGAGAACCCACAUGGUGUGAAGGCCGUCACCAGCGGGCAGAGGUGUGCUGUGGCUCUGUGGUUCACCCUGGACCCACUCUUCAGAGAACUGGAGAGACUGCAGGCGGAUGAGGUAAUCCAGGCAUUGGACACAAAGUCUGUGUGGGGUCAGAGCCUCAACAUCAACCCAAAAGAUGAAUUGUAGACACAGAGAAACUGCACCCGCACCCUCUUCAACAAAACCUUUCUAUAUAUUUUGACUAUUUAUUGAAUGGCCUUUGGAUCAGAACAUUUCUAUUUUUGUACUGUUUGAAGUGCAAGGUUAAUGAUGUUGUCAUUGUCCUGUGUUUUUUUUUUUUUUUAAUUAUUAUUAUUAUUUGUGUUUCUCUUCGACACUUGACUUCUCUUUGGUUCAUUGUCUUUUCGUCCAGUCACAAACUCUAGUUAAGAAAAGAGUUAUCUUACAAAAACUCACUGAACUGUGAAGCUGACAUUUCACUGCUUUGAGUUGUUCUUUUUCUGGGCAACAUAUCCAGUGGGUACGAUUCAAAUAUGUUAUGAGUUCUUUUUAAAUUGCCUUGUUUGUUUGCCUUGUCAGUGGUCAUCAGCUUCAAAUAAUAUCAAAUGACAUCUUCACACAUGGUACUGUUGAAUAUGUUAUUACUAACAGCAUCAUGUCAUUCUAUUUCUUCAUAUCUGUGCCAGUAAUAAUUGUUUUCCCAAGUAGGCAGUGCACUGUUUUUUUUCUCAUUUGGGAAUCUGAAAUAGCACUCAUUUAAAGAAUUUAAGUAAGAGAUCAUGUUAUAUGCUGAAUAUUUAAUGAUCGUGCACUCUGUCUUUGUCUGUGUGUGGAGUCUGAAACUGAAAAUGCUUUCAGCCACUCUUAAUUUUACUUGCAUUAAGUCAUUUUCCUGCCCUCUGGACACACAGAGUAGAAUACUAGUGUACAUGUUCGCUGAGACGAGGACAUGACAAGUGUGUGUUUAUGUUGUACUUUUAUUUAUGUAUUAAUAAUAGACAGCUGCUGUCUGCAUUUAAAGAGAAAUUCAUUUUCAUAAAAGAUGCCAAUCAUUCCUGUUUCAAGGAAUACAUAUUAGUCUUUUAUUUCCUUACAUUUGUGUUGAUGAUGAUAGGUCAAGUCGUGCACUGUAAAUCAAAGGGUAAAAAGAGUAACUUUGUUUUUUGAUUCAAGAUGCUAACCAGACAUUUAAUCUUGUCCUUGUCAUGAGGUUGGCCACUUUUGUGUCACUGAUAUUUAAUUGCUGUAGCACACAAAACAUGUACAUGCUUAUAAAUUAAAAAAAAAAUCUAAUAUUCCA